AUGUACCUCGUGCUAAUAGCCUGUCAAGUCCUCCUGCUCUCAGUGACAUCUGCCAAUCCGUUCCACAAGUACCCAUAUGUGUUUUUACUAGACAUCGGCAAUGAAGAACUCGAGAAAACCAACUCAGAGCAAAUUAGAGUCAAUGUACCCGGAGGAUCUUUAGCUUUAAGAUACCCAGGAGUUGGGAACGGAGACACGAUUACCCAUGUUAGGGUAAGUGGCAUAGAUUUCGGCACAGACCUACAAGCUAACGUCGUGGAUGGUGGGCCUGGAUCCAAAUACGUUGUGAUUGUAUUUGCGGGAAACCAAGGAACUCCAUACGACGCUGUUAUCACUGUACAAACUAUAUCUGAUGAGGAUAUGAGCCAAAGUAAUAUAGCUAAUUUGGCUAAUAAUAAUAAGGUUGAAGAUAACAACGAUAGUGCUGAAGAUCUUAGUAAUGACGAUUCUACUGAUCUCAAAGCAGGUCCAGGAGACGAAAGUGUCAUUCAAAGUGACAGUCAAGGUGCUGGAAACACUUAUGCUGAAAUAAGGCAGCCUAGUUACAGUUACGGUAACAGUGAAGGUGAUAGUGGAAAUGCGAACGAAGAAAUAAGGCAAAAUAGUUACAAUUCCUAUAGCUCUUACAAGAAUAGUGAUGACUAUGAUAACACAAACGAUGAAGGCACAUCUGACAAUGAUCAACAAACAAACGAAGAUGAUCAGGACGAAGAAGAAAACGAUGAGCUAGAUCAAGAGGACAACCAGGCAGAAGUUAAUUAUAAAAGAGGCAAUAUUCAAGAUAGCCAAGUGGAGCAACAACACGCAGAUUUCAACGAUGACUACGGCAACGAAGAUAACGAAACCCCAUACAAUGCUGACGAGUCCAGUAAAUAUUCGAAAUAUCAAUCCAUAAUGCCGAAAUUAUACGAUGGGGUAAGGAUUUACCCUCAAAACGCUGUGCCUUUCGUGCUGUCUAGUGCUGACAACUCGGUUUACAAUUCUGAAGACCCAAAUGAAGUAGACCAGACCUUUAAUGAUGAAGAAAAUCAUAAUAACUACAAAAAUAAGGAUACAAACAACAAUUUCUAUGACUCUGACGACGCGUCUGCGGUCGAGUCGUGA